AUGGGAAAAUCGGCGAGAGUCAUCUAUUGGUUCAGAACGGACCUCCGUCUUCAUGACUCCCCAGCUCUCAAAGCUGCCCUGGACCUCAACCCAGAGUGCCUCUGGCCAAUAUUCACGUGGGACCCUCACUAUGUCUACCGCGCGAAAGGCGGAACCAACAGGUGGCAGUUCCUCCUGGACUGCCAGAAUGACCUCUCCGCAUCCAUCACCAAGCUGAACAAGAAGUCGAAGCUCUUCGUCCUGCGUGAAGGGCCCCAGACGCUGCUCCCCAAGCUCUUCAAGGCAUGGAACGUGACACACCUCGUCUUCGAGAAAGACACCGACGCCUACGCCCGCGACCGUGACGACGCAGUCACGAAGGCGGCCAAAGAGGCAGGCGUCGAGGUCAUCACCAAGUCGGGCCGGACGCUGUGGGACAGCGACGAGGUUGUCAAGGCCAAUGGCGGGAAGCCUACCAUGUCUAUAUCGCAGUUGCAGACUGCAGGCGGCAAGUGUGGCAAGAUAGCGCAGCCCAUCCCGGCGCCAAAGUCCCUCCCAGACCCAGGCGACAUGCCGGUCGAGGACCUGGCCAACGAGCACGAGGAGCCGCCCGCGAACCCGGACUUCAACGCGGCGUGGCGCACGCUCAAGGACAGCGGCUACACCAAGCUCGCGGGCCCGAAGGGCGACUUCGCGAUCGAGACCAUGGCCGAGCUGGGCUUUUCCGAGGCGACGACUCCUCACCGUGGCGGCGAGACGCUCGCGCUGAAGAAGCUGGAUGAGGUCAUGGCCGGCGUCGAGUAUGCGGCCACGUUUCGCAAACCGCAAACCAGCCCCGCAGCCUUCGAGCCGCAGUCGACCACCUUAAUGAGCCCUUUCCUGCAUUUUGGUGCGCUGAGCUGCCGGCUAUUCUACCACCGUGCACAGGAGGCUGUCAAUAAAUUCAAGGGGGCGUCGUCAUCACCUCCCGAGAGCCUGACGGGGCAGUUGCUUUUCCGGGACAUGUACUUCGCAGCACAAGCUGCUCUAGGCCACUCAAUGGUCCAGACAGCCUACAACUCCGUGGUGAGGUUCGUACCGUGGCACCUCCCCUCAGUGCUUGAAGCCAGCAGCAGCGCGACGGACAAGACUACAAAGGAGGUAACGGUGCCGGGGCAGUACAAGGUGGACAGCGCGCAGGCGGAGGAGUGGUUCCAGCGGUGGAAGACCGGGACGACGGGGUUCCCGUGGAUCGACGCGCUGAUGCGGCAGCUCCGGUACGACGGCUGGAUCCACCACCUGGGCCGGCACUCGGUGGCGUGCUUCCUGACGCGCGGCGGGUGCUACGUGCACUGGGAGCGCGGCGCCGAGGUCUUCCAGGAGCUGCUGUUGGACCACGAGCCCGCGUGCAACUCCGGCAACUGGCAGUGGCUCAGCUGCACCGCCUUCUUCGCCCAGUACUACCGCUGCUACUCGCCCAUCAGCUUCCCGCAGAAGUGGGACAAGGAAGGGGCCUUUGUGAAGCGAUGGGUGCCUGAGCUCGAGGGGCUGGCCUCCAAGUACAUAUACGAGCCGUGGAAGGCCCCGAUUGCCGACUUGAAGAAGGCUGGGGUCAAGCUGGUUGAGUUUCCCGGCGUCGGUGAGGAGAUGGAGAAGGGGACGUAUCCGAAGCCAAUGUUUGACUUUGCUGAGAGGAGGACCAUUUGCAUUGCGAGUCUGAAGAAGGCCUACAGUGUUGGUCUGCACGGAAAUGACAAAAAGGUGCUGGACGGGAGCUGGAGGGAGUUGUUCGAGGGUGGCGGCGACAAUGAGGAAAUGAUGGGCUCGACCGACCAGAGCGACGAUGGUAAGGACGCAGAUGAUGCUGAUGCUGGCAAGAAGAGCAGCCAAAAGGCCAAUGGCAAACGUGCCAAAUCAGGGCCCAUGGACAGACAUGUCAAGAAGCAGAAGACGUAG